AUGUUCAACCAAAUGAAGAAUAAGGACCAGCAAGAUAUUUACAUACAACGUUUAAUGGAACUACACCCCGUACAGAGAAAACGAAGCAGAUUAGAAAUGUGUGCUGAACAAGCCAAGCCUAAAUCGGUUUCAAUAAAAUAUUUCGUGACGUUUCAAACAAACAAACAAAUGGUAUGUAAAAGUACUUUUUUGAGUGUUUCCGGUAUAACAAAAAAACGGUGUGAACGGCUAAUUUUUUUAUUUAAAAAUAAUCAAAGUCCACGAGAUAUACGAGGAAAAAAUGUUAGUGGUAAUUCAUUAGGUGGUGAAAUUAUGACAGAUAUUCAUAGUCAUUUAGAAUCUUUUCUAGUAAAAUUAUCUCACCAUACUGGAAAGGAAGACAAAUAUCUGGAUUCAAAAUUAUCUGUCAAAAAAAUAUACGAAAUAUUUAAAGAAAAAUAUCCUUAUCAUAAAGUUUCUUAUAAACCUUUCUGGUCGUAUUUUAAGGAAAAUUUUAAUCUGAGAUUUGGACGUCCACAAAACGUGUCCCACUUAUGA